GCGCGGCCGGCGCUCAGUUCCUGCCCCGCGCGCGGGCGGGCAGGCGGGUGUCGCCGGUCGUGACAGAGCUGAAGAAACAAAUUGAUCUACAUGUGCUUCACUGUCCAUUGGAAGAAUGACAGAUGACAAAGAUGUACUUCGAGAUGUGUGGUUUGGGCGAAUACCGACCUGUUUCACUCUGUAUCAGGAUGAGAUAACUGAAAGGGAAGCUGACCCCUACUAUUUGCUUUUGCCAAGGGUAAGCUACUUGACACUGGUAACAGACAAAGUGAAGAAACACUUUCAGAAAGUUAUGAAACAAGAGGAAGUUAGUGAAAUAUGGUUUGAAUACGAAGGUACACCACUGAAAUGGCAUUACCCAAUUGGUUUACUUUUUGAUCUCCACGCAUCAAAUACAGCCCUUCCUUGGAGCAUCACAGUGCAUUUCAAGAAAGUUGUUGAGCUUUUAUUUUUCCUGAAACAUUUUCACUGCAACCUGUUUCUUGUCAGCAGAGUGAGAGAAUGGUUGUUACGUUCUGCCAAUUUUCCAGAAAAGGAUCUUCUACACUGCCAUUCUAAGGAUGUGAUUGAGGCUCAUUUUAUGGCUUGUAUAAAAGAAGCAGAUGCUUUAAAGCACAAAAGUCAAGUCAUCAAUGAAAUGCAAAAAAAGGAUCAUAAGCAAUUGUGGAUGGGAUUACAGAAUGAUAAAUUUGAGCAGUUUUGGGCAAUAAAUCGAAAACUCAUGGAGUAUCCUCCAGAAGAUAAUGGAUUUCGAUACAUCCCAUUUAGAAUUUAUCAGGCAACAACAGAGAGACCUUUUAUACAGAAGCUAUUUCGACCAAUUGCUUCAGGAGGACAGUUGCAUACUUUGGGAGACCUGCUAAAAGAUGUGUGUCCUAGUGCUAUCACCCCUGAAGAUGGAGAGCAGAAGACUCAAGUGAUGAUUCAUGGAAUUGAGCCAAUGCUGGAAACACCCAUUCAGUGGCUAAGCGAACAUAUGAGCUAUCCAGAUAAUUUUCUCCACAUUAGUAUCAUUCCCCGACCUACUGAUUGAAAGUCAGCUAUAUUCGUAUGAGGAUCAUUCUCGAGCUGGAAUUCUAAGGGCAUGUCAACUUCUUGCUUCUGUCAGUCUUGACAGAGGCAGCCUGACCAGAAAAAAAGAAACCAACAAAAAGCCGAAACAAAACAAGAAGUCCUCACUGCUGUAAGCCAAACAGGAAGAGAGAUCCUAUCAUCAGAUAAGGGCAAUUGGGCUGAUCUUAUUUUGCAUCACUGCUGCGUUUGUUCACCGCUGUAAUUAAAUCAGUUGCGAUAUGAAAGAAUUCACAGGACUUCUGCAAGUCUGCUGUUUUCUUGUAAAAUAUAAUUAAACUGAAACUGUCAGCCGAAGAGCAAAUGGAAAUAUGCCACUUGAUUGUAUUUCUGAUUAACAAAUAAACAGGGCUGUUUCCUAAAGAGGUAGUGUUUCAGCUUUGAGGGUGGAAACAUUGGUUUAAUUUUCUAGAAAGUUAGACACUGAGAGAUUUGGUUACCAAUAGCUUUUUGUAAAAGAUCAAAUUACUGUAAAUCCAUCUUUCCUUAAUGAGAAGUUCAUGUUUACAGUAUAUGUAUUGGUAUGCAAAUGAUCUUUUAACUUUGAUAACAAGCAGUGAGAGAUUUUAGAGUAAGCCCGUGAGCAUGUUUUGUCAGUUAAAAACAUGCACAACUUAAUAAUUACAAAUACUUUUGUAUGCUGUCACUGAAUACUCCAGUGUGUUUAUUAUUCAAACCAAUUUUCAUAGACUAGCAACGAUGUAGGAUAAUUUGUCUCAGGAGUCAUCAUGGCAUUUCUUUGUGCUCAUCUAAUUUUUUUUUUCUUUAAGAAUAUAUUUUCUUAAUUUACUUUAAAAAGUUUUUUUUUUUUAAAAAAAAAAAAGUUACAACGAUGU